AUGUUCGAAAGCAACAUAGUCCCCAGCGCGAUAGCUCUGGGCGCCUCGGCUCACGCGCCCUGCGCACGACAGGGAGGAGACGGAAGGGGCGGGCAGGGCAAGCGCCGGCGGCCCAGAGGUCCUCGAGUCCUUGCACGGCGCUCCCGACCCACCUCCGCGGCCAGUCGCCGACCAUUGGUUACCUGGCCUUCUAUGACACGCUUCCAUAGCAUGGUCGGAGGCAGGGGCACAACUCGGGUUCGCGCUUUGAGUCAGGCAGUGCGGUGGAUGCCUAAGUCACUCACUCCUGUGGUGGUCCCCGCCUUUCGGGCUGCGACGCGGAAGCGCCGACCACUCUGGAAGGUAAUAGACUGGGUAGACCCAUCAUUUGAUGAUUUUUCAGAGAGUACAGGCAUCUCUACUAUUACUGCCACAUCCUUAGGUGUGAAUAACUCAACUCAUGGAAGAAAAAAUGUGCCUUCCACAUUAGGAAGUAGUAGAUUUCCAGCUAGGAAAAGAGGAAAACUGUCUUCCUUAGAACAGAUUUGUGGUCUAGAAAAUUCAAAAGAAUAUUUGUCUGAAAACGAACCGUGGGUGGAUAAAUAUAAACCAGAAACUCAGCAUGAUCUUGCUGUGCAUAAAAAGAAAAUUGAAGAAGUUGAAACCUGGAUAAAAGCUCAAGUCUUAGAAAAGCAACCAAAACAGGGUGGAUCUAUUUUAUUAAUAACAGGUCCUCCUGGGUGUGGAAAGACAGCUACUAUAAAAAUACUGUCAAAGGAGUAUGGUAUUCAAGUACAAGAGUGGAUUAAUCCAGUUUUAUCAGACUUCCAAAAAGGUGAUUUCAAGGAGAUGUUUAAUCAUGGUAAGGAUUUACCUAACCAAUUUUAUCGAGAUUCUCAUGCUUUACAUGAAGUUCUAAGGAAGUAUGUGCAGAUUGGUCGAUGUCCUCUUAUAUUUAUAAUCUCUGACAGUCUCAGUGGAGAUACUAAUCAAAGGUUACUAUUUCCCAAAGAAAUUCAAGAAGAGUGUUCUAUCUCGAAUAUUAGUUUCAACCCUGUGGCACCAACAAUUAUGAUGAAAUUUCUUAAUCGAAUAGUGACUAUAGAAGCUAAUAAGAAUGGAGGAAAAAUUAUGAUCCCUGAUAAAACUUCUCUAGAGUUGCUCUGUCAAGGAUGUUCUGGUGAUAUCAGAAGUGCAAUAAACAGCCUCCAGUUUUCUUCUUCAAAAGGAGAGAACAAUUUUUGGCCAAGGAAAAAAGGAGUGUCAUUAAAAUCAGAUGCUGCACUGUCAAAAUCAAAACGAAGAAAAAAACCCGAUAGGAUUUUUGAAAAUCAAGAGGUCCAAGCUAUUGGUGGCAAAGAUGUUUCUCUCUUUCUCUUCAGAGCUUUGGGGAAAAUUCUGUAUUGUAAAAGAGCAUCUUUAACAGAAUUAGACUCACCUCGGUUGCCUCCUCAUUUAUCAGAGUAUGAACGGGAUACAUUACUUGUUCAACCUGAGGAAGUAGUAGAAAUGUCACACAUGCCAGGAGAGUUAUUUAAUUUAUAUCUUCAUCAAAACUACAUAGAUUUCUUCACCGAAGUAGAUGAUCUCGUGAGAGCCACUGAAUUUCUGAGUUUUGCAGAUAUCCUCAGUGGUGACUGGAAUAUACGUUCUUUACUCAGGGAAUAUAGUACAUCUAUAGCCACAAGAGGUGUGAUACAUUCCAACAAAGCCCGAGGAUUUGCUCAUUGCCAAGGCGGAGGAUCCAGUUUUCGUCCCUUGCACAAACCCCAGUGGUUUCUAAUAAGUAAAAAGUAUCGGGAAAACUGCCUGACAGCAAAAGCACUUUUUUCUGACUUCUGCCUACCAGCUUUGUGCCUCCAAACUCAGUUGUUGCCAUACCUUGCUCUGCUAACCAUUCCAAUGAGAAAUCAAGCUCAGAUUUCUUUUAUCCAAGAUAUUGGAAGACUUCCUCUGAAGCGACACUUUGGAAGAUUGAAAAUGGAAGCCCUGACUGACAGGGAGCAUGGAAUGAUAGACCCUGACAGCGGAGAUGAAGCCCAGCAUAAUGGAGGACUGCCUGCAGAGGAAGCUGUAGAUGAGCCCAGUCAAACCAUUGAACCUGAAACCUGGUCUCUUCCUUUGAGUCAGAACAGUGGGAAUGAACUGCCCGCCAGCCAGCCUCAGCCCUUUUCAUCCCGAGGAAACAUGGAAGAAGAAGACAUGAUAAUAGAAGACUAUGAGAGUGAUGGGACAUAGAAACCAGCCUGCCCAUCAGACUGCUACUGAUAGAUUGAUUUUAGUUUUAUGCAGUGGUACUUGAAAAGAGUUAGUAUACUUUUCUGGUGAAUUACAGUUUGUUAAUUCUUCAUUAUUAUGUUAUUUCAUCACAAGUAACUGACUU